AUGGCAAACCAAAACUCUAACAAUCCAAACCCCAAUCAAAAUCAAUUCCAAUUCCAAGGAACUUUUCAUCCCGCCCAAAAUGUUCAACCUAUACCUCAAGAACGACCGGGUGGUAACAAUAACAAUGGACCACCCACACCACCUUUCCAAAACCAAAAUCCCAAUAACAACCAAAGAACACCCCAACACCAAAACCUUCAUCGACAACAAUCCUUACCCCUAAACCUUGAUGACCGGAAUGUCAAUUCCGACCGUCGAGGCAACCGAGAUCGUGGCAAUCCCGCGAACGAAGACCCAUUUUUCAACAUAGAUGACUUGAGGAACGCCAUCCCCGAUGAUGAACCUUAUAGUGUUCCCGGUUAUCAAUCGCCGGAGCAUGUGAGUGUUCAUACAGAAAGUUCGGAUGACGGGGGAUACUAUGAUGAUCGAGUCAAUGAUGACGAAGAUUGGGGAUAUGUGAAUCGGGGUAAUGGCUACAAUGCGAGAAGGUAUGAAGAUGACGAAUUUGGCUACCAAAACGCCGACUAUGUUGAGGAUGAUGAUUAUGGAUAUGGGGAUGGAAGAAAUGAUGGUUACGAAAAUAACCGCCAACCAUGA